CCGCCCCCGCCCAUUCGAACCCUCGAAGACCAUCGAUCCACGUAGUAUUAGCUUUUUAGUGACUUGACCACUGCAAAACUAUUGCGCAUUGACAUGCUUACUCCACACCAUAGAUGUCUCUACCUGUCAAAACGACAACAGUAAACACAACCGUAAAAGAAAAAAAUCCCGGAAAUGUAAUAGCUGAAAAGUGGCAGUACAGUGUGUUGUUAGGUUUUAUUUAUAUUGUUUUGGCCGGGGAGUCUGCCGCUUCCCUGCAUGCUGAAUCAACACAGACACAAAUCAGUUUUGGAUAUUCAUACGUUUACAACUCCAGGAUGGAAAAGUUGAUCAAUUGUUUCAAGAAAAAGCCAGAUGCUGUUGUCAGGUUGAUCUGUUUCCCCUGGGCAGGUGGAGGCUCCAUACAUUAUGCACGCUGGGGCAGCGUCCUUAACAGCUCCAUAGAAGUGUUUGCUGUCAAACUUCCCGGACGGGAAAGUAGGGCCAAAGAGCCUUUCUUUGAGAAUAUGCAACAGAUUGUGGAUGAAGUUCUUAAUUUGUUAUUGCCAGUACUCAAAGAGAAGCCAUUUGCUCUCUUUGGCCACAGUUUUGGUGCCUUUACAAGCUAUGCUGUUGCAGAUGCUCUGAAGAAACUGGAAAACAUUGAGCCAGUUCACAUCUUCCUGUCUGGUGCGUCAGCACCUUAUUCUGAGACUCGGAUCCAAGCCCCAAAGAGAAGUGACUUAUCAGAUGAGGACUUUCUCAAGUGGCUGAUUUCGAUUGGAGGAACUCCGCCUGAGCUCUUGGCCAACCCUGAAGUACUGAAAGUGUUCCUUCCUGCGCUUAAGGCUGACCUCCAUGUUGUCGAGAAUUACAAGUGUAACAAACCUGUAAGUGCAUUCCUUUCCUGCCCAGUCUCAUGCUUUGAUGGGAAGGAUGAUAUUCCUCAUGAUUUACAAGCAUGGAAAGCCAUCACAACAGGAGAUUUCAACGUCAGGAUGCUUGAUGGGUCUCAUUUCUACCUUAAGGAUCUUGGAAAUGAAAGAAUAAUUUUAGACUAUGUUACAAGGCAACUAGAAUUGUCAGGAAUGGACUAUUUUUGAUUAAAUGUUUUAAAUGUGAUGCAUAUACAAUACACACAUGGACAAAUGUUGGUAUCCAUGUGUUCAUGAAAGAUUAACCAACAAUGAUCACUAAAAUAACUUGAACUGACAGAAGUAAUGCAUACAUAUUUAUUGAAAAUUAACCAAUGAAAAUCAGGCAUUGUUUUUAUUUUUGUGGUCCAACAGAAUUAUGUUUAAAAAAAAAAACAACAACAACAACUCAUGAAUAUGGACUCAACAAAAAUGAUAGUACUCUAACUUAGUAUUUUAUUGCACAGACAUUUGAUUAAAUCACUGAUUUCUGUUAUUCUCAA